UUGUAAUAGUAUUUUUAAUUGUACAUGUAUUUGAUAUUGUUUUAAAUACAAUGAAUAUAUUUGACUUAUUCUGAAGUCUUUUAAUUGUUACUAUAAUUAUUUUUUAUAAUUAUUGUAUUUCCUUUUAUCUGAGGUGUGUCCUCCAGACGCCAUGUUCUGUCGUGACGUCACCAAACGGGAAGUGAGCUCGUUGUUCUCCAUGGUGGCUGCCUGGCUGCGAAGGCUCGCGGACCAAAACAAGUCCUUCUCUGCUGCUCUUCCUCCUCUUCCUCAGCGCGGACCAUGGACGGGAGUCAGAGUUCAGCUCGUCUGUCAGCGGCUCUGAGAACAUGAGCUCCUCUCACCUGUCCACAGUGGAUGGCACUGAUAGACUGUGUGUUUCUGAGCGUGCUCAGUGCGUCCCAUCUCGGGUCCUUCACCUGCGUCAGCUUCCCCCUGACGUCUCUGAACAGGAAGUGCUUUCUCUGGCGCUUCCCUUUGGUCGAGUUAGUCAGCUGAUCACGCUGAAGACAAAGAAUCAGGCAUUUUUAGAAAUGGCGUCAGAAGAAGCCGCUGUUACCAUGGUGAACUACUACACCUCAGCCACGCCCUCCAUCAGGAGCCAGCCAGUCUACAUUCAGUACUCCACCCAUCGCGAGCUCAAGACUGACAAUAUGACCAAUCAGAGGGCUCAGGCAACGCUGCAGGCCAUGAAUGCAGGUGCAGUGCACUCUGGGAACAUGGCUUCAGGUGGGGAGGGCCGGGGCAUAGCUCCAGGUCAGAGUCCCGUCCUGAGAAUCAUUGUGGAGAAUUUAUUUUACCCUGUGACUCUGGAGGUCCUCCAGCAGAUCUUCAGUAAGUUUGGCUCCGUGCUGAAGAUCAUCACGUUCACCAGAAACAACCAGUUUCAGGCUCUCCUGCAGUUCAGCGACACCGUGCACGCUCAGCACGCCAAGGCCACUCUAGACGGUCAGAACAUCUAUAACGGCUGCUGCACGCUGAGGAUUGACUUCUCCAAACUGAGCGUGCUCAACGUGAAGUACAACAACGACAAGAGCCGGGACUUCACCAGAGCCGACCUGCCGAGUGGAGAGCUAGAGCCCGCCGCCGCCUUCGGUGUAGCUUUGCCUCCGUAUGGAGCAGCGGCAUUCCCGCCCACUUUCCACCAACACACAGGUCUGUCCAUGGCGGCCGUCCCCGGCUCGCUAGUGUCUCAUCCUCGCGUCUCGCUGCAGAUGGCGCCUCCUGCUGUCCAUUCGGUGCUGCUGGUGUCGAACCUAAACCCAGAGAGCGUCACGCCUCACUGCCUCUUCAUCCUGUUCGGUGUUUACGGAGACGUUCAGAGAGUGAAAAUCCUCUUCAACAAGAAGGAAAACGCUCUUGUUCAAAUGAGCGACGCCACGCAGGCUCAACUCGCGAUGAGUCACCUGAACGGGCAGCGUCUCCAUGGUAACGUGAUCCGGGUGACGUUGUCCAAACACCCGGUGGUGCAGCUGCCUCGCGGAGGGGCGGGGCAAGAAGAACAAGCGCUGACUCGGGACUUCUCAGGCUCUGCCCUCCACCGCUUCAAAAAGCCGGGCUCCAAAAACUUCAACAACAUCUUCCCUCCGUCAGCAACGUUGCACCUCUCCAACAUCCCCUCCUCAGUGAGUGAGGAGGCGUUGAAAGAUUUAUUUUCUUCGAAUGGAUUUGCAGUAAAAGCUUUCAAGUUUUUCCAGAAGGACAGGAAGAUGGCGCUGAUGCAGCUGGCUUCGGUGGAGGAAGCCAUUGAGGCUCUGAUCGCCCUUCACGACCACCAGCUGGAUCACAACCAGCACCUCCGUGUCUCCUUUUCCAAGUCCACCAUCUGACCUUUGACCUCUGAGCGGCCGCUUGGCGCGCAGGGCUUCUGAUUUGCCCGCGGCGCAGACAGACGGACCACGGGGAUAUCUUUCUGUGCCUACAGCCAGCCUCGUAUCAUGGUGGCAAAUGAUGCCACAACCGAGGGUCAUGGCCAUGGCUACAGAGGUUACAGAGCACAUUCCGGAGCAGACUGAGUAGCAGUACAUUGUGGGUAAUGAAGUCCAUCAUGGAGGUGACGUGAGUUUGUGUUUGUUAAUGUGAUGCAGGAAAAGAAAUCAGGAAGUAAAAAAACAAACAAAAAAAAAAGGAAAAAAAACCUACCUUUUAUCAAAGGUUUACUUUGAAUUUAUCUUUAUUUAAAAUUACCGAUGAGCAUUCAGUAAAUUAUUAUAGAUAUUAUUUUUAAAUAAAAUGAAAUGAUUUGACCCCUUUUUUAUGUUUAAAAUUCAGAUUCCAACGUUUUUCUUUUUACUUCAGGUUUUUAUUUUUCUCGUUUUUCACAAACUUCCGCCUUGUUAUUUUUGAAUUUUCAGCCUCUCUGCAUGCUGCCGUCUGAUUGGCUGGAAUUAUGUUAAGGAUUAUUAUUUUUAAUUAUUAUUUUAGGGUUAAGCUGCGAUCUCAAAUCUUCUUCUGUGCCUUAUUUUCUGAAUUAUUCUGCUGGGUUCUGUUUUUUUAUGUGGUGUUUGGAGGUUUUGGUGACGGGUUGUGUUUGUGUGUCUUUGGAUUUUUUUUUUUUUUUUUUUUUGUUAAGUAGAAUUUUUCCACUUCAUUUAAAAUAUUUUUUGUUGUUGGUCAACAUUUUGGGUGGGUCUUUUAAUCAUGAAUGUAUUUAUACUGUACAACAUGUAAGGCUUUCUGUGUGUUUGUGCGUGGGUAUUUAUGUGUGUGGGUGUAUAUAUAUGUGUGUGUGUGUGUGUGUGUGUGUGUGUGUGUGUGUAUUGAGCUGAGCUGUAAGUGGUUGAGCUUCAAAUGUCCCAUCUUUUACUGAAUUCAUUUUAUUAAUUUCACUCCCUUAUUUUAAUAUUUUUGUUUCAUUUUCUGUUUGGAUUCGAAUUUUUUUUUUUUUUUUUUUUAAAUGGGAAAAAAGCCACAAAAUACAGGAAGCUGCCGAUUCCCAGUUUGCCUUCUGACCUCAGACCUGCCUACCGCUGCCAUUUAGUUCAUUUUCUGUUCAACUUUUUCCCCAUUUUACAUUUUUAAUUGGAUAUUUUACAAAUUAAAUUGUAAUUUAGUGUUUUUUAUGAAUUAGUAAAUAUUGUUAUUAUUGUUGUUUUUAGACGCAUGUUUUCUGACCAAAAAAGUGAAUUUUUAAUUUACUUUUUUUAAUAUAGGAGUUUGUUUCCCACUUAUUUAAAGAUUUUAAGCACUUUAUGUGAAAUUGUUACAAGUGUUGUGGGUGGGCGGGGUCAAAACAAGCCAAAGUUCCUGUGCCUUUUAAUUGGACAAAUCCAUUUGCCCCCAUUAUGAAAUCACUUCCUGUUUAAAUGGCUUAGAAAACUGUUUUCCUUCUUUUAAAUUUAAAUGUAAACCACACCAUGUUUAAAAAAAUAAUAAUUUAACAAUAAACCCGCCUACUAUUGCCUUUCAAAAUAACAUUCCCUGCUAAUGUUUUGAAAGCAUUUUUGUUUACAGUUGUCUACAUAUUUGUUCUAGCCUUGGUUAAUUGAUUAACAGUUGGGAUUAAAAAGUGUGUAUGUGAAAACAUGAAAUCUUCAAAAUAUAUUUGCCCUUUCAGAAUAAGGUUAGAAAUGGUUGUUUAAAAUGUUGAGAUUUUAUUUUGAUUUUUUUUUUUAACUUUUUGUUAAAACAAACUGUUUUUAUACCUGAAUGUAUCAGCUGAUGUAAAGUAGUUGUGGUGCAUUGUGGGAGCUGGUGGGAUUUUAUUGUUAUUAUAUGAAAUAUUUUUAACAUGGACCAGUGCAUGAUGGGAAGGGGC